UAAUAAUCAGCAAGAAAGAGAGAGUGUGAGUGUGUAUAUAUGUCAUGUGUGUGGGACACGCGAUGAUGAUACGCUAUUGAGUCGACGUUUAUACUCUGCUGCUAGUUUUCUCCCACUCUAUCAGUGCGGCUGUAACUAUGCUCUGUUAGUGCAGUAUUCUGUUACUUGGUAUGUCCCACUCGCGCUGGCUGUUCAAGCAGUUUGAAGUGUUUAAAGGUUUCGUAUGGUUUCGUACUAAUAGCUGAGGAAUAAGCGAGAUUACCUAGAAUCGGCGAAUUGGUGACCAAGGAACAUAGUUUUUUGUUGUAAAAUUAAUCCAACGUAAAAUCACGACAAUCUAUCAAUAUCAGCGAUGGCAGCGGUCUUUGAUAUUGAACUACAGGAUGCGGAGAGCUUACUCCCUCACAGAGACGAAUCGGAGGAUGACGAUAUUAUCGAGAUUAAUUCGGUAGAGUAUGACGCCGAUCCAAACGUGAAUGAGAUUGUAAAGUCAGAUAAUGUAGAAACAGUCGCGAUAUCGGAACAAAAUGUCAACCUUGGACGCGAGAGAGUUGGACCACAAGAUUUUGAGUUAUGCAAAGUUAUUGGGAAAGGUGGCUAUGGCAAAGUUUUCCAAGUACGCAAAACAACUGGAAAUGACAGUGGCACUAUCUUUGCUAUGAAGGUUUUACGCAAGGCUUCGAUCAUAAGAAAUCAGAAAGAUACAGCUCAUACUAAAGCGGAAAGAAAUAUUUUAGAGGCUGUAAAGCAUCCUUUUAUCGUAGAUCUCAAGUAUGCAUUUCAAACUGGUGGCAAGUUAUAUCUGAUAUUGGAAUAUAUGUGUGGUGGUGAGCUUUUUCGACAUUUAAUAGAUGAAGGAAUUUUUUUAGAAGAUACUGCAUGCUUUUACUUAUGUGAAAUUAUAUUGGCUCUACAACAUCUACAUUUACAAGGCAUUAUAUACAGAGAUCUAAAACCAGAAAAUAUUCUAUUGGAUGCAGAAGGUCAUAUUAAAUUAACUGAUUUUGGAUUAUGUAAAGAGCAUAUACAAGAGGGCACAGUUACACAUACAUUCUGCGGUACUAUUGAAUAUAUGGCACCUGAGAUUUUAACUAGAAGUGGACAUGGAAAAGCAGUAGACUGGUGGAGUUUGGGGAGUUUAAUGUAUGAUAUGCUAACAGGAUCUCCACCAUUUACUUCUGAAAACAGAAAAAAAACUAUUGACAAGAUUCUACGUGGAAAAUUGAUUCUUCCGCAAUAUUUGACUCCUGAUGCUAGAGAUCUCGUUCGGAAAUUGUUAAAAAGACAAGUUGCACAAAGGCUAGGCUCUGGUCCAUCAGAUGGUGAACAAGUAAAAACUCACCGAUUUUUUAAGCAUAUCAAUUGGGAUGAUGUAAUAUCUCGAAAAUUAGAACCACCAUUCAGACCAACAUUGGCUAGCGAAGAUGACGUAUCACAAUUUGAUAAGACAUUUACUACUUCUGCACCAAUAGAUUCUCCAGCUGAAUGUACGUUAAGUGAAUCAGCUAAUAGGGUAUUUCAGGGAUUUACAUACGUUGCACCAAGUGUUUUAGAAGAUAUUAAUUCACAACCGCGAGUUAUAAAAGCAAGAAGUCCUCGUAAAGCGACUAUGCGAGGUUUUUCACCCCGAACCACGCAUUUCCAUUUUCAUAAUACACAUUUACAAAAUCACAGGUUAGAAAUGUAAAAGUUAUAAUCAUAUCUAUUUCCAAUUAUACAAAAUUAUUUAUAUAAAAUAUUUACAUAAAAAAUCACGUAAAAAAAUUUUAAAUUAAUAAUAUGAAUAAACUAAUCUAAUAAUAAGCAAGGUACUGAUGCAUAAAUGUAGUAUGUACAGUACUGGACAAAAAUAAAUUCUUAAAGCAUCUUGAA